AUGGCCGCAGCAGUUCCAUGCAAAGAACUCCAAGUUCUCAACGGUUUUAACAAUUACAUUGGGGUUGUGAGAGCACACACCAAUUUCAGUAUUGAACUUCUGGAUCAAUGCAAGGAAGAGAUCUGCCAUGCCAUCUGGGGAGAGACUAAUCCUGAUAUCUCUGGUAUAGGAGUCUGCAUCGGUUAUGCAAUCGAACUGGCCGUUGGCUUUCUCUUGGCAGCUUUCAUGAUGUUUAUUCGACAAAGACAGGUUCGAAGAUGGGAGUUCUUUCAAAUCGUCACCAAGAAGGGUCUCGAGGCCUUCUUCGAAUUCGCAAUCUAUUUCGCUGUUGCCAUAGAGCUAGCAACGAUUAUCAUGCUCGUCAACAAGGAUUUUGGUAUAUCUACUGCCGAUUUCGGGGCUAACGAAGCUCAGAACACAUUAGCUAUUGCCGUUAUGUGCAUUAUAUCACUCGUGUAUCCGAUUGCCCCUUUGCCUGCUUGA